CAUAUGAUCCCUACUUAUCUCCCAAUACAAUUGAAUUAGACGAAAGGGGGCAUGGACCAUGUGUAAGAAUAAGGAUUGGUGGUGGUAAAUAUACAACAGAUAUUGAUCUUGGGUUCUGCAUUGAGCAGCAACAGACAGAGCAUGGUAGAUAUAUACUCCUGCCAUAUAACUCAAGAUCACCUUAUUUUACACCAUGGACUAUAUCUGUCUAUAACAGUAAACAUAAACUAGACAAACAUCACAAUAAGCUGCUGAUGUUAUUGAAACUCCUGAUUCUGGAAUGUCAUCUAAUCCCUGAUAGCCACACUUACAGCUCCCAUGCCUUGAAGACCCGGGUGCUACAUCACCAGGUAUCAUGUACAUCUAGUGAGAUAUCAUUGGGAGGUUGCCUGUGUGAUGUAGCUCACCAUGUAUUUGAACUAUAUGAGAUGAAGGAGGAGGAUGGACAGCUGUGGAUAUUUAACAGUAAGAAGGAACUUCCAGAUGUUGAUUUCCGAGGUGUUGAUGUACAACCAAGAAUAGUACCAGGAGGAUACAGGUCUGAUAAUUAUUGGCUGAUGCCAGUAGUUUUCUACAUCACAAUCCGUGCAUUGAGAUCUGGCUGCUGUACAGGAGAGGAGGCUCUACAUGUGGACAGAUGGUUAAUCAUAUCUGAACUAUGGAACAACAAAGGAGAAGGUGGUUAUAGGCAGAUAUCUGGGUGGCCGCCUAAAGAGUGCAAGAUACCAAUACAAAAGAUUGAUGAAUUAAUAACCAGAUUUUAUAGCAAAUAACAAUUCUACUCAUCCUAGAGCCUAAAUUACAGUAUACUCUGUUGUUUCUAUAAUUGGGUCCAAUGUAAAUGACUACAUGACUUUACCAGAUAUAUUUUUGAUAUCUUCGGCUAGUAACCACAAUAAUUCUCCAAAAUACUUGUAUGAUUUCAUAUACAUGCAGUGUAUAUGAAUAUUAUUGUGAAUACAUAAGGGUUAUGUACUGGGAGGUUUUGGAUAUGGGGUUUAUGCAGAGGGAGAUAUGCAUAUCU